UUCCGGUCUAUCUAACUGGCCUAACUAGCUCCAGUAGCAUUGAGAAAAGCCAACAAUCCCCUUGUUAAAAUUAGUGGAUGCUAUAUAAGGACUUAAGAUAGUUUUAUGCCACUUAAGUGGUGUGUUAAGCGGUGUCCAUCGCUUUCAUUAAAAACUGGAGCGUGGUGAAGUCAAUUUAAGGGUGUCUAGAUCUUCUGCCCGCAUCCUGUUUGCCCUGGCCAUAGCCCCAUCUCUCCUGGGUCAGUAGAGGGGCCACACCAGAGCAAGGGCCCAAACUGUGCCUCCAGGUCCCCUCUGCCUCUGCGUGUGACUGGUUGUAAGGCUGUCUGGAGACCCUCGGUUCGCCCAACCAGGAUGUCCUCCAUCCUGCCAUUCACCCCCCCUGUGGUCAAGAGGCUGCUGGGCUGGAAGAAGUCCGCCAGUGGCCCUGGGGGAGCAGGCGGGGGGGAGCAGAACGGACAGGAGGAGAAGUGGUGUGAGAAGGCGGUGAAAAGCCUGGUGAAGAAGUUGAAGAAGACAGGCCAGCUGGACGAGCUUGAGAAAGCCAUCACCACACAGAACUGCAACACCAAGUGUGUCACCAUCCCCAGCAAUUGCUCUGAAAUAUGGGGACUGAGUCCACCAAAUACGAUAGAACAGUGGGAUACCACAGGCCUAUACAGCUACCCUGACCAGACCAGAUCCCUGGAUGGGCGCCUGCAGGUCUCUCACAGGAAGGGGCUUCCCCAUGUAAUCUACUGCCGCCUGUGGCGCUGGCCUGACCUGCACAGCCACCAUGAGCUGCGGGCCAUUGAGGCUUGUGAGUACGCCUUCCACCUCAAGAAGGAUGAGGUGUGCAUCAACCCCUACCACUACCAACGGGUGGAGACCCCAGUUCUGCCCCCGGUCCUGGUGCCCAGACAUUCUGAGAUCCUGACGGAGUUGCCACCGCUGGAUGACUACACCCAUUCCAUACCCGAGAACACAAACUUCCCCGCAGGGAUCGAACCCCCAAACAACUACAUACCAGAGACCCCGCCGCCUGGCUACAUCAGUGAGGAUGGAGAGGCCAGUGAUCAGCAGAUGAAUCAAAGUAUGGACACAGGUUCUCCUGCAGAGCUGUCCCCUAGCACCCUGUCUCCGGUCAACCACAGCAUGGACCUGCAGCCGGUGACCUACAGUGAGCCGGCGUUCUGGUGCUCGAUAGCCUACUACGAGCUGAACCAGCGCGUUGGCGAGACCUUCCACGCCUCCCAGCCCUCCCUGACGGUGGACGGCUUCACGGACCCCUCAAACUCUGAGCGCUUCUGCCUGGGCCUGCUAUCCAACGUCAACAGGAACGCCACUGUGGAGAUGACCCGCAGGCACAUAGGAAGAGGAGUAAGACUGUACUACAUCGGUGGGGAGGUAUUUGCGGAGUGCCUGAGCGACAGCGCCAUCUUUGUCCAGAGUCCAAACUGCAAUCAGCGGUACGGAUGGCACCCGGCCACCGUGUGCAAAAUACCUCCUGGCUGCAACCUGAAGAUCUUUAACAACCAGGAGUUUGCGGCUCUGCUGGCCCAGUCGGUCAACCAGGGCUUCGAGGCCGUCUACCAGCUCACCAGGAUGUGCACCAUACGCAUGAGCUUCGUCAAAGGCUGGGGAGCAGAGUACAGGCGACAGACGGUUACAAGCACUCCUUGCUGGAUCGAGCUGCACUUGAACGGACCCCUGCAGUGGUUAGACAAGGUUCUGACCCAGAUGGGCUCACCCUCUGUGCGCUGCUCCAGUAUGUCCUAAGCAGCUCCAGAACCACCCAAAAUGUCAGCCAAUAACAAAGUUCAUGAAAUUCUAAACUUGCGAAUUCCUAUCAUGGGGAAGAAACUAAACUUAAAAAAUCCCACAGAAUGAAUUUAUGUUUAAAUUGUCAUAGUAUUUGUGGCCCAGCUCCACCGCCCUUUUUAAACUUGACACACACACAGACACUUAAACACACUUGCGCUCACACACAUGAAUCACACAUACAGACUUCAGCAUCGAAUUUGGCACUUUGUUACCCAUGGAAGUCAUGCACCUUGUUAAAUUGCUUUUCCCCAAAUCUUUAAUUUUAGAUCUAUUUGUGGUACAAAUGAGAUGUAUAUUGGUUUUAGUCCAGGAAGCGGGGGGGCAAAUACCAAAAAUAUCUGUGAAUAGUUUCUCAGUAUUGGAGAACGCUUGUACGAGGAACACAAGCAUGAAAACGUACAUGAAUUAUGGUCCGGCCCGCCCCAGCCAUGGUUCUGGACCUAAGUCUACUUUUCUCUGGGAAUCGUGGCCCCAUCUUAAGUUAAGGGAUGGGGGGGGGGGGGGGGGGGUUGUUGGCUUGGCGAAGAAAAAACGAUGACCUUUUAGGUGGUGGUUUUCCCCUGAGGGGGAAACGACCAUACUGUGUUUAUGAAAUUAGAUUGCUGAUUUGACUUCACUCUCCUCAUUAUUCUUUUUAACUCGUGUUGUGUCGUUGUAUGACACGCCUCUUUAAUGGACGAAUAGGAAUGUUGGCCCACAAAGAAAAUGAAAACCCCCAAACAAACUCAGUCUGGCUGUAGUUUAAAUAUUUGUCAUUAUAUGGCACCCUAACAAGUCCCCUACUUUAUUGUAAAUGCGCCCCCUACCUCCCCUUCCCGUACAAAAUCCCAAUCUGACAUGAAGCUAUUGAGUUGCGGUCCAGGUUUUGCCAGGUGCACUGGGCAGGGACCAGAGAAUAUCAGCCGUCAGGCAAAGCUUUUUUAAGUUUAUUUCUUAUUUCUUUCUUUAUUUGACAUGACACUGGGAGUCUUGGGGCUCUGUUAGGUGAAGCAUUAAAUAAAUUAAAGGUCUCUCACCGGGAGAAAUUGAAGGUAUCAGUUGAUUUCAUCCUGUAUUGUUUUAGAAUAUAUCCCCUUUCUUUUGCUACUUUUUUGUAUUCUCAUGUAUUUUUAUAUAUAAAUAUACUUAAGAUUUUCUGUCAUUCACUCUUUUUCUUAAAGUAAUAUUUUCAAGACCACAGCUGUUUUUAAAAGUCACAUUAGAGAGCUUGGAUCAUUCCUCGUUGCCCCCCCCCCCCCGGAGCUCUUCCGUUGGGAUCCGUUUCCAACAGAAGUCUGUUGUCCUGGUGUGAGAACGACACACGAUGAUGUAGCCUGUCUAUCGUUUAUUUCUUUUUUCUUAUUUUUACCUAUUACUGUAUCCAAAGAAGUCUGGUGCAUUUAAAGUACAUGAAGCAACCGAAAAGGCGUUCCUGCAACCGUGAACGUUUUCCGGAGGCAUGUUGUAAAAAAAAAAAGAAAAAAAAAACUUGUUCUAGCCGUUCAUCUCCUUCACAUUUGUUAAAAAACCUUUUUGUGACCUUUAAGUGCAUAUCUUGGCAGCUAAAGGUUAACCAGUUAUAAUUGAAUUUCAAAAUGUUUUAUAAACAUGGCAGUAUUCCUUUUAUUUUUCGUUCUUUUUUUUUUUUAACAUCGGAAAGGAAGAUCGAAUGAGCCUACACACUGGGAUGUUCUGUGUUUAAUGUGUGUAUUGUAUUCGUUCCUGUCUAUAAAAUAUACUCUGUACAAAACCUAAUGAGCUUGCAGUCUGCCAUUCUUGACAUUAUGUGGCUGUUGCAAGCUUUUUUAAACAUUUUUCUCCCCACCCUCUCCUUUUUUUUUUUGAUGUGAAUGUGUUUACUUUACGGCACUAGUGAUUGUACUUUAAGUGCACCUAGUGAGUUUGGAUUUGGGGAGCUGAUCCAUGUGUUAAAGGGUCCAGUGUUACAUUGUUAUUAUAUUUGGCCUAUAACAUAUGAAUGUGAAAAAAAAUACAUUACAAUUCUGACGUGGACCAGAAGUACAUAUACAUAACAGUAGUACAAUAUGUGUGUAUUUAACAGUAAUAUUUUUUCUUCCUUUUUUUUUUUUGCAAAGCACAGUACAGUAGAUGUCGCGGUUGUUUUACCAGUAGAGGGCGAUAUUGAUAGAGCAGUUUCUUUUUCUGACCAUAAGCUUCUCAGGCGUGUGGCAUAUUAUGCAGACUUCAUCAAACACUAAUAAAGAUUUUUAUUCUCA